CAGGGAGGUAGGAGGGGGUAUAGAGGCUCGCUUGGAGACAGUGAGACACUCCACUGGCUGGUGCUUGGCAGUGGGUGUACUACGGUCCGCUCUGUCACUGGGUUAGCUAAGUCAUGGCUUCGCUUGCCACUUCCAACAUAUCAAAGAACAGUAUUGAGGAGAUCAUGCCUCCGCCUCCUCCAGAUAUGAUAUCAAAACGAUCCUACCAAACGCUGUCCUUUCCAACUUUCUCCGCUCAACUCGCUGAUGAAAUUCGUAACAACCAGUAUGACAAGCAGAACAACCCAACGGGUGUGGUCAAUUUGGCAAUAUCUAUUAAUGAACUCAUGGAAGAUGAAGUACUUGCCAAACUGAAUAAGGAAGACACACUCACAUUAACAUCACGGCAUCAGUACUACAAUGACACCUCUGGCCUUCCAGAGUUGCGCAAGGCAGUAGCAAAUUUUCUGACACGUCACCAUAAGCCAAGGGAAGCAAUCAGUCCUAAGAAUUUAAUAGUGAUGAAUGGUCUCACAGCAUGUCUAGAUGCACUCAGCCACACCCUAUGUGAUCCAGGGGAUGUAGUCAUCACUCCCACACCAGUGUAUGGACGCAUCUACACCAAUUUUUAUGACCGUUCAGGGGCUACUGUGAUUCCUCUCCCAUGUCACAAAAUGGAAAAUUUUGCUUUAAAAGAAGAGGAACUCAAGAGUCUCAUUGAGAAGUCCUUAGAUGAUGGUCAGCGUGUGCGUGUUUUGGUGCUGCUGCAUCCACAUAAUCCACUGGGCUAUGUUUACUCUGUUGAACAGCUACAAAACAUCAUGAAAAUAUGUUCUCAAUACAAAGUACACAUUGUCAUUGAUGAGAUAUAUGCAUUCUCAAUACAUGACAGAAGCACACACUUCAACAGUGUUUUAGGGAUGGAGUCACUGCCAGAUCCUCAGAGAACACAUGUGUUGUGGGGCUUUAGUAAGGAUUUUUCAAUUCCUGGGUUUCGGAUAGGAGUGAUACAUACCACAAACCCGUGGGUAUUGUCAUGCCUGAAAACACUGUCACAUUAUCACUCGAGCCCUCCACUUACUCAGCAUGCAGCUGCUUCUCUCCUCAAUGAUGUAGAAUGGUGUGAUGACUUUUAUAUACCCACCAAUAAGAACAAAUUAGCGGCUGCAUACAAAAAGGCCUGUGAAUACCUAGAGACAAGUGGAGUGAAGGUUCAAAAAAGUGUAGCAGGAAUCUUUCUUUGGGUAAACAUGCAAGCUUUCCUAGAUGAGUGUAAUGAAGAAAAUGAAAUGGUGGACAUUUGCAGCUCUUUUCACGAUGUUCCUAAAGGGUGGUGUGUGUUUGCUGCCAGGCAAGAAAUUGUACUGUGCUCACCCUGGAUGGUAUAGGAUUGUUUUCUCUGUAAAAGAAAAUGUAUUGGAAGAAGGAUUGGCAAGGAUACAAGCUGUUUUAUCUGAAUGGAAGAAGAGCAAAGAAAGUGGAAGUAGAUGAAAUUAUUUUGAUGAGCUCAGAUGGUUGUAAUGAUAGGUUAUAGAUAAAUUUUCUCAUCCUUUUUUUUUUAUACAUUAUGUUGCCCUUUGUUUCUGUGAAUAGGUUUCUUUUGGGGUGGAUAAGGGUGGUUCUUUUGAUAGCCCAACUUCUUGAGACAUAUUGAGAAGCAAGAGAGCUUUAAAGGUCCAUCUCAACUUCAGGACAUGUACGUUCUCAAGUCCUCUGCUGUCCGGCCCAUCAGCCUAGCUAGCUGCCUUAGUGCUCUUAAUCCCUUCAGUACCAGGAUGCAUUUUCAUAUUAAUUUUGCUUACUAUUUAGUGAUUUUACACAGCUUCAGAAACUUAUGUGGGAUUAAAAUAGUGAAGUCUCUGGACCAUUAAUCUUCAGACGUCCGUAGAUCCUUCCUAAUGCAAAACAAAUUGUUUCAUCAUAUCCAAAACUCAAGGUAUAAAUGCAUCUCAAUAUUGAAGGGGUUAAUGGCUUGCCAGGUGCCAUUCUCAUUUAUCAGGCUAGUGGCAUCUGUGGUAGGUCUAGUGGCAAAUGGUGAUCAUGAUUCAUUUAAAGAAGCUUGACCAGCCUAAUUAGGCCUUCAUAUUGGAUGAAUUGAACCUUCACUGUGCCUCUCACUGUGGUUAUUGUUACCACCACAUCAGUUAGUACAUGGUUCAUUGUGAUGCAUGAAUAUCAAAAACUGCAACAUAAUUUCUCUUGUUUCUUAAUUAACAACAUUGCUUGCCCACCUGUUCUGGUACCUGGUAGCAUUACUUACAUCUUUGGCCCAUAAGAAAAUGUAUAGUACACAUAUAUGGCUUGGAUAAAGAUUUCAAAUACAAAGUAGUUUGUUGGUAUUACGAUAGCUGCAUAUUGGGACAAGUAUUGAAUUACUUGUGUAGUAAUUAAGCAUAUAGAAUAACAACUAUUUUGUAUCUUCAUAAUUAAAUUGUAACCAUUUCAUUA